GAGGGGAUGUUGGAGGGGGGGCUCUUGGUGAUCUCUCCUGAAGGGGAUAAUGGGAGAGGAGCGCAUUGCAAUGGCUGCCAUGUAGUACCCUCCCUGCACAAUUAGCCAAUCAGCAGCGCGCUCUGCCAGCCAGGAGGACGCAUAAAAGAAGAACAUUGCAGCAGAGGCACAGAAGGAGACUGCGAGAGGAGCAGGGAAUUACACAUAAAGACAGCAGAAGCAGAACACCCUCCCCUGGACACACCCUGCUGAGGAUCACUGCUUCUCUUUUUUUCUGAAACCAUCGCCCACGCCACUCGGAGAGAACGCUCUCCCUCAUCAUCAUCCAGUAGAAAACCCCUUUCUCCUCAUUUUCAUCCUAUAGAGGACACCUACAAUCUCAGAGGGCUGAGACUCCCUGGCGAAGAUUGUAUUUUUUUCCUUUUUUUCUUUUUUUUUCUUUUCAUUUGGACUCCUGACAGAACAUAAAGGGCCAUAUAAUAGAAAGGGCCGAAGAGCAGAUAAGAGACUCCAGCUUCAAGACCAGUGGAAAGAAGGACCUAGAUUUCUUUCAUUGUACGUCAAGAAUGGUUACUCAGAUAAUCAGCACCAUGGAAACCCAGGUGUCCAACGGUCCAAGCGGAACCAGUCUGCCCAACGGUCCAGUCAUUAGCACCAAUGGCUCCACAGACGACAGCAAAACCAACCUGAUCGUCAACUAUCUGCCUCAGAACAUGACGCAGGAGGAGUUCAAAAGUUUGUUUGGUAGCAUUGGCGAGAUUGAGUCCUGCAAGCUAGUCAGAGACAAGAUAACAGGUCAGAGUUUGGGGUAUGGCUUUGUAAACUAUGUGGAUCCAAAUGAUGCAGAUAAGGCCAUCAACACACUCAAUGGUCUCAAACUGCAGACUAAAACAAUCAAGGUAUCAUAUGCCCGGCCAAGCUCGGCUUCUAUUCGUGAUGCCAACCUUUACGUGAGUGGACUCCCCAAAACCAUGAGCCAGAAGGACAUGGAGCAGCUGUUCUCCCAAUACGGUCGCAUCAUCACAUCCCGUAUUCUAGUGGACCAGGUCACAGGCAUAUCACGAGGAGUGGGUUUCAUCCGGUUUGACAAACGCAACGAAGCGGAAGAGGCCAUCAAAGGUCUGAACGGACAGAAGCCUUUGGGUGCCGCCGAGCCCAUCACUGUCAAGUUCGCCAACAACCCCAGCCAGAAGACAGGCCAGGCCUUACUGACUCAGCUGUACCAGACUGCUGCCCGCCGCUACACGGGGCCCCUGCACCACCAGACUCAGCGUUUCAGCAUGAUCCCUUCACUUGGAAAGGGACCAGAUCCAAAUAACAGCUCAAAACCAAUACUCGACAAUUUACUAAACGCCAGCUACGGAGUCAAGAGCUCUCCCACUCUCUUCCCCAGAUUCUCCCCCAUCACCAUUGACAGCAUGACCAGCCUGGCCGGGGUCAACCUUACUGGUCCAACUGGCGCCGGCUGGUGCAUCUUUGUGUACAACCUGUCCCCAGAGGCGGACGAGAGCGUCCUGUGGCAGCUCUUCGGGCCUUUCGGUGCCGUCACCAACGUCAAGGUCAUCCGUGACUUCACCACCAACAAAUGUAAGGGCUUUGGCUUUGUCACCAUGACCAACUACGACGAAGCUGCCAUGGCUAUCGCUAGCCUUAAUGGCUACCGCCUGGGCGACCGCGUGCUGCAGGUUUCCUUCAAGACCAGCAAGCAGCACAAGGCCUGAGAGAGAGAGGCUGCUGGCGCCAGCUCCUUCGACCUGCAGGGAGAGCAACCUGAGCUCCCUGUGUCAUCACUCUAAAUGGGCCUGGACUGAGUCUCUCUCUGACGCAUUCUCACACAAAUCCAUAAUAUAUUAUCACGAACACAGACAUACAUGCAUACACGCACAGACAUGACCAGACAUAUCCAUAUGCGCAAGCAUACACGAGUCAGAGUAUCAAACAAACACACUAGUGGAGUUUUUCUUUUCUCUUUACACAACAUGCUAGUCCUUCCCUAUAUUUGCCUGGAUUGAAUUAGAAGGGGUACGUAGCUGGUUUGUUGGGUAGGGGCAAGAGCUAUCUAUUUAGGAGACAGUCUAACGAAUGUGACAGAGAAUGUGUACGGAGUGCUUUGAUUGAAUUCAGGCAAAUAACGAACAACUGAUGAACAAAAACGAUCAAAAAUUUAAACGAAUAUGUGCAAUUUACCCAAACUCUUACCCCACCAUCUCUCCUAUUAUCUUGCUGGAGAGGAUGUAGUCACUUUUUUACACUUGGGCAUUUUGAAUCAGCGAUUUUUUUAGAUCAAAGAAAAUGAAAUUAAAAAACACAGUGUUCUCUUAUAUACGUCUAUUAAAAUAUAACUAUAUAUUCAAUAUUUAAGGUGGUUAUAAUAGCCGAGUAUGUAAGCAUUUUCUAGAAACUUUGACUACUGUUUCCUGACCUGCAUUAGGUGGUGCCUAGCGUAAAGGCAGAUUCUCUACCCUAUGUGAGCUUGUUAGCUCAGACCCAAUAGGAUUUAGGCUAACCAAUGAUCACAGAAAAGAGUAGUCCGAAAGCCAUCAGAAUCCCUCACAGUCUCACACCGAACAACAUUAAGAGUACACUUCUGUAUCAGAAAACACAGUUCAAUAACUAGAAGGUAUAUUUAGUCCACAAAAACAUAAAAAAAAAAAGUUCCUGUAUUUCUUCUAAUCUAUCGUCAGGAUGGAUUCAACACAAGCAGACUGUCUGUGAACUUAGAGCAGUGUGGCGGUGCUCCCAUGGUGACAGCGUUCAUUAGUAAAUCUCUAGUGAGCGGCAGAGUGACGACGAGUACGAGGGGAAAAACUGUUUCACCAUAACACAGCCACGUCAAAGGAAAAUACCGGUGUUUUUUUCACUUUUUGCAUCAUUUUUUUUCAUUGCACCUGUAUUUUAUAUUAUCCACAGGCCAUUUUACUUUGCAUGGCUUUG